AUGACAAUGAGCAUUGAAAGCAACAAUAGUGCAGGACAUGGGAUGGCUGAACGAACCCAGGCCCCCAGAUACGUUCUGGCCAGUCUAUUGUGCUCAUGUGGGGGGCUGCUGUUUGGAAUCCAUGGCUUGAUCGUCUCUUCCAUCUUCAUUCCAGCCGCAGUUUCUUCCUUAUUCGCGGGGUAUCUAGCAGACAAAUUGGACAGGCCCAAGGGUAUCAGCAUCGGUGCCCUGAUCUUUGCGAUUGGAGCAGCUUUGGAGGCGGCUGCUGUGCAUAUCGGGAUACUUGUUGUGAGACGUUGCAUUGAGUAUGUGGGUGAGGGAUUAUAUCUAGGCACCCUGGUCGUCUACAUUUGCGAAACCUCUCCGCCAAGGGUUAGAGGAGCAUUGACGACCGGACCCCAGUUGCUGGUUACUCUGGGGUUGACGAUCGGAUGGUUGACCCUCCACGGCCGAAGAUCGGAGGCUACUGCAGCUGAACGUGAAAAGGCUGAGAUUAAGCAGACUCAGGGCGUCACUAUUGAGGUUGUUGCGAGUGCUUCCAGCGACAGACAUGCUCCUUUAGUGGAGCACAAGUAUUUUGACCUGUUUUCCAAAGAUGUACGGACACGCACUGUUUUGGCGGUGUUUCUCAUGGGCAUGCAGCAACUCAGCGGAAUUGAUGGUGUACUCUAUUAUGCCCCAUUGCUUUUCGAGCAAGCAGGCUUAGCUUCCUCAGAUGCUAGCUUCUUUGCCUCUGGUGUUUCUGCAACAGUCAUCUUCGCCGUAACCACACCGGCGCUCAUAUGGGCAGACAGGUGGGGCCGACGACACAGCACUAUCUACGGUGGCAUCGGCCUCGCCGUCACAAUGUUCUUAAUAGGGGGCCUCUACGCAGGGGAUGCCGUACACAACUCGACUAGUGCAUGUCGGUGGGUGGUCAUUUCAUUUACUCUCAGCUGGGCAGUUGGCAUAGAGAUUUAUGCAGCAGAGAUACAACCACAAAGGACUCGCGCAUCGGCCACUAGCCUGGCACAUGGCAGUAAUUGGGCCGCCAACUUUCUGGUCGCACUGACGAUACCCAUAUUGCUAUCAAAGAGCAGCUUUGGUGCAUACUAUCUCUUUGGAGGAUGCACCCUGAUUACGGCAUUCAUCUGCGCCCUCUUCAUGCCCGAAUCAAAAGGACAAUCCUUGGACGAUAUUGAGGAUGCAUUCAAAUCUAAGUCGCUGUCCAGAACAGUGUUGAAGGCCUUCAGACCUAUUACUCAGACAGCCCAGGGAUAA